AUGGCGGACGGACUCAACGAAUACCGCACGGCUCGCGUGGCCGAGCUGCUCUCCGACUUCCGCACGCUCCAAUACUACAUCGCCGCGGCGCCCUGCAACCCGCCCGACAUGGACGACUACUACACCGAAGGGUGGGCGGCACUCCGGCAGUGCGCGCUCGACGGGCAGCACAUCCUCAACUGCGCGGCCGACGUCACGGUGCCGUCUGCGUUGGGCGGGCCCGAGGAGCAGGCCAAGGCCGAGUUGAAGCAGGUUCAUCUCGACGCGUACGCACGCAGACACGAAGGACAGAAGAUCUAUCUCCGGCAGACUGCGGCGCAGCGCUGGAUCGAAUGGCGGGACCAGAUCCUCAUGGGCGGCAGGCCGCACUCUGGGAACCAGGCACAUCUGCGGGCGUUGGAUCAGCAGUUGCGGGCUGAGCUCGCCGCCAUCACCGACGAAGUCGUCUACACAGAGCUGCAGACCUCCGACAUGACCAUGGGCCGCUGGACGGCCGAGGACCCAAGCCUGCGUGCGGUGCAACGCUGGGUGCGGACGCGAAGGUGUUAA